CGCCCCCACCAGUCCAUCAAGUCCAUCAGUCCCUUGCUCCGAUUCAGAUCAAACCCCGUGCCGGAAAACUCGCGAGCGGCGUACGGUCGCCGGAAGAUCGAGCUGCGCCGGACCACGGACGGCGAACUCCAUGGCCGAAGCCGCGCAGGGUUCUCUAUCUUCACCUGGCGUCCGCUGGAGGAAUCGCCUCGAGUCGUUUCUCUCGUUCUUUCCGCGUUUCCGACUUUGAAUCCCGGGCUCUUGAUUUGCAGGCGGGCGAGGAAGGAUUCGGGAGAAAAGGAACCGUUCUUAUAGCUCCUCGGUCCGAACGCUCGGCAAAAACCUAGCUCGAUUCGUGCCGGGAAUCGUUUGACCUCGGUGGGCUCCCCGAGCAAAUGCCGGACGUCUAUCUUCCAGAUUCACGGGAGCGUUCUUUCAACAAUGGAGGCACAAGCUAAUAGUCCUGGAGUACUAAGGGUUGGGAAUCGGCUUCCCAAUAUACCUGACCCAACGCAGAGAGCCUUCAAGUUCCCAAAUCACAUCCAGACCAGAUACAGCCAAAACUGCUUCAGUUUGCCACAGCACUCGCUUUAUAAUCGUGUUGCUUUUGGAUCUUCCUUAUCACCAGAUGUUGAACCAAAUACUCUUAUUCAGGCAAACAAUCAGGUUUAUGCCUCUAGUUUGAUCUCUGAUUCUUUUAGAGUAUUUGAGCCAUGUUUCUCCAUGGUUGACAUAUCUGGUCUUGUUAGCCUACUAGGAGACAUGACGAACCUGCAAUCUUGUUUUGAGCCAUUUAAUGCUUUAAUGUAUCGGAUGAACCGUCACCCCUAUGGUGUCAGAAAUGGUCAAACUCCAUUUUUGGACAACGCUGGCCCUCACUGUGCUUUGGUAAUUGGGCGAUUCCGUGUUGGGAUCUUGCCAUCUUCGCUAUAUGCUCCUGAAUUCAUCCCAAUGAGGUCUCAGCAGGUUCCACCGGAUGCCGAAGUUGCCACUCAGGCUCUCGGAUUCCAUGGUACUGCUGGGUUUAUGCCAAACAAUUCCUGGCUGAGGAACUCACAAGAGGAUUUGCUAAUGAGGAGUGGCAGCGCGGCCCAAUCUAGUUUCCCCCGCAAUUAUGUGUGUACUCUGUGUAACAGGUCUUUUCCUAGUGGUUAUGCCUUGGGAGGCCAUAUGAGCGGCCAUGCAAGGAAAAGAAAACUCGAGGCACUCCUCAAUGCCACAGAGAACCUUGAGCCAGGCGCUGGUGGGUCGUCUCUUGAAGCUACUACAGGCUGGGGGUUUGAACAUGCUUCUGUUGUCAAAAUGGAACCAGCUUGAUGACUCUUGAGGAUGGAAAAUGAACCAAGUAGUAAUCUGUGGAAACGGCAAGGAAAACUAUCUUGUCGGUUUUAGGGUCAUUUUCCUUUGCUUUAGUAGUUUUGAUUAUUGUCGUAAUCUCUGGUCUUUUAGUCAAAGUUGGAGAUUUUAUCUUCUCCUUGGUCUUUAAUGAGUCCUAGUUUGAGCA